GGACUUCCGGUGGGGAAGAUGGAGGCUUUCCACCGGCUUCGGCAGUUUGAUGCUUAUCCCAAGACUCUGGAGGACUUCCGUGUGAAGACAUGCGGCGGGGCUGUAGUUACCGUGAUUAGUGGUCUUAUAAUGCUGAUUUUGUUUUUUCUCUGAGCUCCAGUAUUUUCUCACUAAAGAGGUGUAUCCUGAACUAUUUGUUGAUAAAACUAGAGGAGACAAGUUAAAGAUCAAUAUUGAUAUUGUAUUUCCACAUAUGCCUUGUGCUUAUUUGAGCAUAGAUGCCAUGGAUGUAGCUGGUGAGCAGCAAUUGGAUGUCGAGCACAAUCUGUUCAAACGGCGACUGGGAAAAGAUGGGAGAGCAAUAUCGUCAGAAGCAGAAAGGCAUGAUCUAGGAAAAUCAGAGGAGCAUGUAGUGUUUGAUCCCAAAACUUUAGAUCCUGAUCGUUGUGAAAGCUGUUAUGGUGCAGAGACUGAAGAUAUUAGGUGUUGUAAUACAUGCGAUGAUGUGCGGGAGGCCUAUCGUCGGAAGGGGUGGGCAUUCAAGACACCAGAUUCCAUAGAGCAGUGUAAACGGGAGGGUUUCAGUCAGAAGAUGCAAGAGCAGAAAAAUGAGGGCUGUGAGGUGUAUGGAUUCCUGGAAGUCAAUAAGGUGGCUGGAAACUUCCAUUUUGCUCCUGGGAAAAGCUUCCAGCAGUCUCACGUCCAUGUCCACGACUUGCAGAGUUUUGGACUUGACAAUAUAAAUAUGACGCAUCAUAUCAAACAUCUGUCAUUUGGGAGAGAUUAUCCGGGGUUAGUGAAUCCUCUUGAUGGAACAAGUGUGACAGCUAUGCAAUCUUCCAUGAUGUUUCAGUACUUUGUGAAAAUUGUUCCUACGGUAUAUGUACAAAUCGAUGAAGAGGUAUUGCGCACUAAUCAGUUUUCAGUGACCAGACAUGAAAAAAUUGCCAGUGGCCUGAUUGGUGAUCAGGGAUUGCCUGGUGUAUUUGUGUUGUAUGAGCUGUCUCCGAUGAUGGUAAAACUCACAGAAAAGCACAGGUCACUGACUCAUUUUCUGACUGGAGUGUGUGCCAUAAUUGGAGGAGUGUUUACAGUUGCAGGCCUCAUUGACUCGCUCAUCUACCACUCCACACGUGCCAUUCAAAAGAAGAUUGAACUCGGGAAAACAACAUAA